CUCAUCUUCAGAUAUGCCAAUGGGAAGAAGUGCAUCUUCAAUCUGACUGGUCUCCUUAGCAUCCUAUCAGCUUUGGUAUUUGAAACAGUUAUUGCAAACAGCCAAAACUGGCGCCUGUGGGAAUUUGUCAAUGCUGUUGUGCAGUUUGUUUCCUUUGGACUGUGGGAAGCUCAUUACCCUCAAGAGUUUAAUGUCUCAGGGACUGUAAUCAAGAUGCUGGUGCAUACCCCUAUCGAUUCCACCUGGAUCAUUUCACCUGAAUUUCAUUAUGCACAGAAUCUGAUAACAUGGGCCCUGUUGAUGAAGCCUGUAGUUCUAGGGUUCAGUGUAUUAUUGGCCAUUAUGAUCAGCUUCAUGAGAGACCCAUUUAUUGAAAUGCAGAUAUAUUGCUACAAGGUCUCUGCCUUAGUUUUGUGUGUUAGCAGCCUCUUUACAUUUGUUUCUGUGAGCUGGAACCACAUGGUAGAUCUUUAUGGGCAAACCACUCUUGACUUUCCGCCUGACUUUCCUGUUAAAAAGGAAGCCAUGAUAAGCAAACACUUUAUAGCCAUCUUCCCAUUAGGGGUCCUGACAAGCACCAUGUCACUCUUUGGAAUGACCAUGUUUUUCUCUGAAGUAUGCUGUUUGAAACUACAGAAUCAGGUGAAGGCCCAAUGUGCUUACAUAGUGGUCAAUAAAGAGGCCUGA